UAUGACUAUUACACUUUGUAACAACAGGAACUGCAGCAACGCAAAUAGCAAAGAAAAGGCUGAUAGAGAGUUAAUUCUUUCAUUAGGCCUUAAAAAGAUGACAGAGAUGACAAGUCUUUCUAUCAAUGUACGGAUCGGAUUGGACAUCGGGAAUUAUAGUGUUAAAUUCAAAAUAUUCGGUUGAAAGGAUUUAUUCGAGUGUCCUAAGUGCUAGGUUGGAUUUCGAACAUUUCCCUGCCGACAGUGGUCUGCCACCGCAAAACUACUACUUUUCUACAUGCCUCUGUUACAACGUCCCUAAAGGCCAAUUCCAAAUUUACUAAUUACUGAAACUUUCAGUCGUUUUACUUGCAGCCAAAUACAACCAAGAUCUAUGAGGCAGAUUGGUGGAAGAUGGUUCCACCAUAACUUAACUGGUUUGGAAGCUGAAAAACUGUUGACUUUAAAAGGUGUCAGUGGUAGUUUUCUUGCUCGCCCAAGUCACAGUACUCCAGGAAGCUUCACACUCUCAGUUCGUCGUGGCGAUGAAGUUACACAUAUUCGCAUACAAAAUACCGAGGAAUUCUUAGAUCUGUAUGGUGGAGAAAAGUUUGCCACUUUGUCAGAAUUGGUGACAUACUACAUGGAGAAUGAGGGGCAACUCAGAGAAAAAAAUGGUGAUCUUAUUGAGCUGAAAUAUCCUCUCAUUUCGGAAGAUCCGACAACUGAGCGUUGGUUUCAUGGAAAAAUCACAGGAAAAGAAGCUGAAAAGAUGCUAUUAGAACGCGGCAAAGCUGAUUGUUUUUUAGUUCGUGAAUCUGUUCAUAGGCCAGGUUCUUAUGUUCUGUCAGUUCUAACAGGUGAACAAGUAGCACAUAUUAUGAUUCAUGGGAAGCCAAAUGGAAUGUAUGAUGUUGGGGGAGGGCACCAGUUUUCUUCAUUAAAGGAAUUAAUAGACUUCUACACAAAUACUCCCAUGGUCGAAAAAAAUGGAGGCUUGGUGUCACUAAAACAGCCUUUCAAUGCUACUCGAUUUAACGUUUCUACCAUUGAUCAGCGUAUGCACCAGUUAGAACAAGAAAGUGGUCAUGGUUCUGGGUUAGCUGGAUUUUUAGAGGAAUUUGAAGAAUUGCAUCAGGAAGCCCAUGUGAAGAAUAAUCCACGUGUUGAAGGCUAUCAGUCUUACAAUAGGGAUAAAAACCGAUAUAAACAUAUCCUUCCAUUUGAUUGGUCUCAAGUUAAACUACUUGAUGGUAAUCCUGAAGAACCAGGUUCUGACUACAUCAAUGCCAAUUACAUUUCUUGGCCUGUCAAUCUAACUGAAUCUCUUUCUAAUGGAAGUUCUUUCUGUUGUGUCAAAUAUCAUCCAAUUUCUUCAGUUCCGGACCAGAAUAAUAAUCAACAAUGUAAUGCUUCUAUCACUACCUCCAAUUCUCCACACACUCCAAAUAGUUCUGCUGCAUUUUUUUUCAAUGGAAAACCACGUUACAUAGCCACUCAAGGGGCAGUCGCUAAUUCACAAGAUGCAUUUUGGCGUAUGAUAUGGCAAGAAAAAAGUGCCGUGAUCGUUAUGAUCACGAAAAUAAUGGAGCGUGGUAGGAAUAAAUGUAUUCGUUAUUGGCCAACUGCAGAAGAAGGUGUACGAGAGUUCCCGAAUUAUGGUGGUACGAUUCGUGUCCGACAUUUGUCUGAAAGAAAUUCUGUUAAUUACACUCUACGUGAACUUUAUAUGACUAGAGAUUCUUCUGUAUCAACAGAAAAAUCAGAACAUCAGUUUCCUCACUUACCCGAAUCUGUUACUUCCACUUCCACUUGUUCAAGUCCUACCAUCUCCGAUACACCAUUUGAUCGGAAGCAUUGCAAAUCAAAUAACACAAAAUUGCAUCAAACGGAUACCACCGUCAGUAGUCUUGAAAGUACAUCUAGAGAAGUAAAUUCAGGAAAUGGACUUACUGUUUAUCACUAUCAUUUCACUGUUUGGCCCGAUCAUGGAACUCCUAGUGAUCCUUCAUGUGUACUCGAUUUUAUGCAUGACAUAUCCGCUCGACAGGAUAGUAUCCCAGGCGCUGGACCUAUUGUUGUUCACUGUAGUGCAGGCAUUGGACGUACUGGAGCAUUUAUUGUAAUUGAUAUGCUUAUAAAUUAUAUCAAAACAAUGGGUCUUAACUGUGACAUAGAUAUUUCCCGUACAAUCCAAGCAGUUCGUGAACAACGUUCUGGGAUGGUUCAAACUGAAACUCAAUAUAGAUUUAUUUAUAAAGCUGUUCAGCAAUAUGUAAAUACAAUGUCCAAGCGUAUACAAAUGGAUAAUGAUCUUCGCCGUACUGGAAGAGAUUACACUAAUAUCAAUCGUGCUGCUGAUGACAUUGGUGUAAUUGGAACAUCAGCUGUCAGUAUAUUUCCAACGGUUUGUUCAUCAUUGGGUUUUAACUCUCAUGAACAACAAAGUAUGACAUCAAACUUUAAUCCUGGAGCAAGUGUCAACAUAUCCUCAGUUACUGGACCUUCUGCGCUUGCUUCAAACAAACAAUGUAAUUGUCCUAUUCAUUCUUGUUCCCAGAGACAAUCAACAUCAAACCAUAAUAUAUCUCAAGCUUCCGCUUAUCCAACUAACUGUUCACAAACUGCUAUUUCAUGUACAACAUUGCCCUGCACCGCCCCAGUUGUAUCCGUUUCGCCUCGCAAUGCAGAUUCUACAACUGGGAGCUUCUUCCAUCGACUGACUGCACCAAGUCGUCCUCGUACGAAAUCAUGAUACUCUUUGAAGACAUUUUAUCCGAUUGAUUUAAUGUGAGUUUCUGUCGGAAUUUCAGCAAGAAUUAUAUUUACUUAUUUUGUAUUCAUGUAAAAUGUAUGAAACCGUAAACUUUUAGAGGACUAUCAUUUUAACUGCUACACCACAUGUUGUUAAUUGGGUAUUUAUGAUCGUUUGGUGGCUUGCGAUAUGAUUCCAUAUGAUCGAAUAAUCUUGAUUUUAAUGAAGUAUAAAUCAUAUUUACUUUGUAUAUAUUGAACCGAUGUAUCCUGUCAAUAACAACGUGGAUAUGGGUAGUCGAUUACGAAGGUAUUUGAGGAGCAUAUAUUCCAACAUAGUUUAGACAAGCGAUAAGAGACGUGAAUACGCUUGAAGUCAAUUAGCAAAAAUAGCUAGCUCUCUGAGUACUAGGUGACUUAGUCUUCGUAAACAUGAACUGUAUACAAGUAUACAGAUAUAUACACACUAACAUACACACAUGUACAAAACAUGGUUAAGGUUACACGUGAGUAAUUGACCAGGUCUGUCAAAUAAAAGGAUAAAAAUAAUUUAUCUGCCCAAAAAAUAGAACAAAUCAAGUAAGCGUGUGUUAACAUUGACUUGCUACAAUCAACUUCUGAACAUAAAUCUUCUCGUCCUAACUUUCCAAGGGUUGACCUCCAAUCGUAAGACUGUCAUUAACCUAGAGUAAAAAGAAUACAUAUUUCUCACUGAUGGUGUCAAUAAAGUAAAAUUUUCUUAAUGCUUUGAGUUACAGCGCAAGGAUUUUCUUGGAUGUUUUUCUCAUCUAUUCCACCACAACUCCAUUUCCUCUCAUCAUAGUUGCGUCUAUUUUACAGAACCCGUCUGCUGAACAUAUCGGAAUGGAUCUUUGAAUUAUUUUAUUGAAAAUGUAUCAAAGCUGUUUUAUAAGUGGAUGACAUAUAUUUCGAUUCAAGCUAUUUAUUUUGUACAUAAAUCGUAUUUUGUUUUCUAAAGGAUUUAUCAAACUUUACUCCACUCAAGCAAUUGUCUUUGUUGUCGUCCGUAGUUAUCAUUUGCAAAUCAAUAAAUAUUACAAGAGUUUCUUGCCCAUUUCCUAAUCUAAAGAUAUAUCAAGACCUUGUAUGUAUUGCUCCAACUAUUCAUAGAAUAUAUAUAUAUAUAUAUAUAUUUGUGCAAACAAAUUUUGUUGUUUAAUAACCAACCUUUUGUUUGCACUGUCUACUUCUACUAUUUUAUUCUUUGUUACUGUAGGUAAAGGAAGCGUUAGUGAUAUCUGAAAUGUAUGUAAUUGUAUUCAUUCAUUACAUGUAUGACUUUGAACAGAUUUUCUUUAUGUAGAAAUAAUAACAAAAAACUAUUGUUUGUUUGUUUUUUCUUUAUCACUGGAUAUAUAUUAAUAGUAGUCUUAUUUGAAUAAUAAACGUUCAAAUCCAUAUUUUAUUAAGGUGCUUGCUGUAUACAAUAAUAGUAUGAUAUGUAAAAGUGUGACCAGUAAUGAGUUAUUUAAUGUUUACUAUUAUUUAAAAUUAUAUUAGUUGGUUCGUUGAAUGUUUGUUGACAUUUGUAACUUGUCUGUUGUUAUCCUUGCACAAAUACCAUUUUUCAUUUAAAUUAAAUAAAUUUUUUUCUUUUUCUGACUUAUCGUUUUUUUCUCUCUUUUGAAUAAAAAUUUUUGUGUAAAACUUUAGGUAAAAUAUUGACAAUACUUUUUUUUAAAACGUUCUCUAUUCAAAUGGCAGUUUAUAUUUUGCCAUAAAAAAGUGUAAAUUCUCUUUCUCUUUUAUUUAAAGUCUGAAAAGUGUUUUAGUCGUUCCUAGAUUUAAUUCAUUUUUUAAUAAAGUUUUUUUUUUUUUAAAAAAAAUUGGCAAUUCGACUGGUUUUUCACUUCAUUUUCAUGAGAAGGAAUCCAUUCAUCAUGUUUGUAUGUGAUUAUUCAGUUCUCAUAUGUUUUUUUUGAAUAAUGUGAUAAUUCUAUAUUACCUGAGUUCUUAUUAUUUUUACUGUAUUAAAUUAUUGUUCAUUCGAUUUUUUAAAUAUUAAAUUUACAAUUUAUAUUGCAAACGCGUUUAUUUAGUAAAGCGGGUAAGUAGAUUCUGUAUUUCUUGAUAAAAACGUUUCUUUUGUUGGUGAUUAUAUGAGUUGACAACGAUACAUAUCUUAUCUGUUUAAAGAUUGUGUUUCAAAUCUAUAACGUAGCAGAAAAUGAGUUGCUGCAUAGCGUAUAUUUUAUGUCAUAAACAUAGUGGCAUCUUGUCUUGGAUAGAAGAGGCGGAAGAUUAGCAAGCAUCAAAGAAGAUUUCUCUUCAUGUGUAUAGAUUUCGUUAUUCAUACAUGCACCAGGACUAAUAAGUAUGUUAACAUAAGUGAAGUGAAACAGACACAUUUUAUAACAAAAUCAUACCUUUAGAGAUGGAUGGGGAGUCGGUGAUAAAUAUACAGGACGUUCUUGAAAGCAGGUGGUAAAACACACGAACAGACUAAAUUAAUAUAUUUGUAAUAUUCCAAUGAGUAGAAAAAUUAGAUU